AACCAUUUGAACAAUUGUUUAAAUAUAGUAAUUUGUGAGUUCCUAUGCUACCAACAUGAAACUUGUUUGUGUGCCGUUUGGUUAUUGUUUCCUCAUAACAUCUGAAGCUUUAUAUCAUACCACCGAGAUAUAACGUUUCUAUUUGUCUUACAUAAUGAGUUGAAUCAGCCAGUUUGAAAAAAUAUUAGAAACUGACUCAUUCAAUAAACAAUGUUUGAACCGUGUUAUAAUACUCCUGGAAGAAUUCCAAGUCCACAAUAUACCCAACACGUUCCUCCAAUCCUAUUUCGUAAACGUACUGAAAAAAUUGAUUGGAAACGCUUAGCGUCGAUUGAUGUAAACCGUAUAACAAAAGAUGUAGAUAUUGAAAGCCUACAAGAAAUAUUAUCGUCUGUCACAUUCUGUGAUAUAACUAACGAAAUAGAUACACGUUAUGUGGAUAAUAACUUGAUAAAACUAUUUCAACUUGCUCAACUUUUAGUUGAAUAUUUAUUGUACUCUCAAGAUUAUUUGACAACGACAAUUGAUUCACUUAAAGAAGAAAAUAAUGAACUUCACAAGAAUUGUGAUAAAUUAAAACACCAACUUCAAGAGAAAACAAAUCGUCUUACAGCAACUCGUCGAGAAUGUCAUCGUCGACGUUUAUUACUUAUGGCUCAACAACAACUUAUGGAUUCUGGUCCACAAUCAUUACACAAAUGUAUCUACUGUCCUAAAGCUUUUGUAAAUGCAUCAUUUCUAGCUACACAUAUUCAUCGUCGACAUCCAGAAACAGAGACUACGGAUAGAAAUACUCCAGUUUAUGCAACACAACCAUGUUUAAUAACUAACAACACACCUUAUCCACAAGUACAACAAUCACAACAAAUAUAUCAACAGUCUGAUGAUCACUAUACAACGAAUAAUAAUAACAUGAGGUCAUCUUUAGAACAUGAUGUGAGAGAAUUGCUAAACCAAUUGAAAUUGAAUCCUCCAAAUCUACCAAAUAAACAUCAGUCACCAACUAGAUCGAUUGGUUUUGAUGGUGAACAAAAUAAAAACAAUGCAGAUUGGCAUACACAAUUAAUGGAAGAGCAUAGACGUGAUAUGGAAUUAAUGAGAAAAAGAUUUGAGAAAGAACUUCACAAUCUUCAAAUUCAAUAUCAUCAAACACAAGAAGAAUUAAGUAAAUUAAAAUCCAGACCAUCUAUUUCUAAUUUAGGCGAAUUAGAAAAUGAUAUGUCUGGACCUGUAUUUCGACCAGAUCGAGCAAAAUCAGCUAAUACAACACUAAGGCAGUCGACUAAAAAUUAUAAUGUUGAGCAAGGUGAAACAAGUUCCCGUCAUAGUUUACCCAUUGAUGAUGAUAAACAGUCAAAUACUCAUGUCUCAAUUAUUUCCGGACCAACAACAAGAUUCUUAAGACCACCUUAUUCAUUGAAACCACAAUUUAGUGAUACAAUAAAUCAUGAUGAUAAAGAUGAAUCGGAAGCACAACAAGUUUCUCGGGCAAUGGGACGUGUAUUAACUGCUUCAGGGGGUACAAGUCCAACACCAAGUUUAAAUGCAAGUACAAAUAUGUUACGGUACAGUCGUUUAUUAGAUCAAUUACGUGGUGAUCCAGAAACUUUAAGGAAACUACGUCAUGAAGUUGAACAAUUAUUAUUAGAACAAUUAAAUGAACAUGGAAUUAAAUCAGAUCAACGUCGUUUAUCUACAAAUCAACUUAAUCAAAAACUAACUAUUUUACAUAAGGAAAGAGAAAAUCUAGCUAGAAAGCAUCGAAAUUUUAUGGAAAUACGAGAUGCAUUAAGUCAACACGUUGAUCGUUUAGCGCAUGCUGCACUCCGUGGUAGUACAAUCAGUAUUCCAGAAGCAAGACUACGUGCAGAGAAUAUUCAUAAAAUGAAUUCAUCCUACAAACCUGGUUUGCCUCCUCCAGCAUCACACAGUCCCGGUAGUUUACGUAGAGCUGGAACUCUUCCAUUAGCUUCACAAAGAGUUGAUAUUACAUCUAACUUAGGAGUAUCUUUACCAAUAUUAUCUGUAAAUAAUGAAAUUAGAAGAAGUCAAUCUACCAUGACAGGAAUGAUAAAUUCACCAAGUAAAAAAGGAACAGGAUUCUCUGAGGCAAAACCACGUUUACAAAGAUCAAGUCCUCAACUUCAAUUUGUUUCAGAAGAAAGUAAUUUUGGCAGUAAAUUAGCACCAACCAUGUUUAAACAGAAUCCUACAAAUGAAUCACAAUUACAAAUGACUUCUCAAAAAUAUCCCACCUGUCUACAUAACAGUAAUAAUGAUAAUAAUAAUUAUAAUAAUAACAAUGGUACUAUUCAACAAAAACAAAUCACAUCUAAUUCACCUGAGAUUCAUUUCAGUCAUGAUCAACGAGUUGUGACAUUUGGUACAAAACCAAAUACUACUAAUACUACUAGUAAUUUAUCAGUUGUGCCGAGCAGUGAGGAUGAUGAAUGGGAUUCAGAAACGGAAGAUUUAAAUAUUGUUGCAGCUGGAAUUAAUAAAUCUCAACAAUUAACACCGGGAUCAUCAAAUAAACUAACAAAUCCCCUAAAACCAAUAACAUCCUAUUAUAAAUCAAAUCACAGUAUCAAUAAUAGUUCUAUGCAACAGAAAAACAACAGUCCUCAAGGAGUAAAGUUCACUUCAUAUAAAAAUCCAAAUUUAAAAACUGAUGAUGAAGAUAUAUUCAGCGUAUCAUCAAUCAACGGUGGUUUAGCCGAAGAUAAUAGCUUAUCUUUAGCCCAAGAAUUAUCGCCGAGACAUCCAGUUAGAGUUAGUCGGUCUUUGGAUCCGAGCGUAGCAGCAGCACACGCAGAAAUGGCUGCAUUAGGUCCUAGGCCAACUACCAGAGUAGGUGGAGUGAGUAGGCAACCAAUUACUGCAAAGCACACAUCAAUCGGAAGCCCAGAAUUAAGCAACACCAUGGUAACUAGUCUCUGGGGUACUAAUUCUAAAGCCGCAAGUCCAAUUACUAAUGUGAUCUCUGUGGCCAGAUCUGAUGGUGCCUACGAUGAGUUCGAUUCAGACGAUUGACUUUUCAAAGGGAUUUCAUGAGAACAGUUUCACUCUCUGUCUUUCUAAUGAACAUUCAGGUAUUUCUAAAAACAAGUUCAUAUUUUUGUCAAAACUGCAUAAAUACGUUUGUCCGAACAGGCGUUUAUGCGUGGAAAUUCAAUACGUGCAUAGAACUGUGAUUCUUUCGAAAAAUGUGCUUUUUUUGUGAUAUUGAUAUAUCUCAUUGUGGUUGUUUGUUUCUCUUCUAGAUUCUGUCUUCCAUUUCCUUAAUUCUCCAUUGUCAUUCUGUGUGUUUCGCUUCCUAUACAUUCUGUUGUUAAAAUAUUUGUUACGUCCCAUUAUUUAUUCUAUAUUCGUCAGAUUGAUGUACGGUAUAAUCCAUAAAGGAAAACCAAUAAAUAGGACUAACAAGUAAUCAUUGAAAUGAAAAUUCCUUUUCUUAGCGCUUACUGUUUAGUUCUGUUGUUCUAUUUACGAUUUAUCACAUUAGUUUACAUUGACUCAUUAUCUUCAACAUAAUACUCUUUCCCACAUAUGAAUGAAUAAUUAAAAACAACCAUGUAACCAUGUUAGAAAUUAGUUUUCUUUCGCAAAUUAAACUGAGUAUAUCAUUUUAGGUAGUGUUUACUAUUAGCAAUUUACUAGUGGAU